GCACUAGAGAGAGUAGUGGUGAAGCAAAAAGGUUCCAGUUGAUACUCGUAUGGUUUUGUGACACAUAGAUAGGUUAGAAAGCAAGGAGACAGGGAGGAGGGAGAUUCUUCUAAUUUUGUAAAAAGCCAACGAGAAACAGAGUGAGAAGCAAAUACACCACGAACAGAGAGUAUAAGAAAAAAAAAAGAGCAAUGGAAGUAAAGAGUGAAACGAGGCAAUCAAAGUUCAGGAGCAUUUGUGUCUUCUGUGGGAGUAGCCAUGGCAAGAAGAGUAGCUAUCAGGAUGCUGCCAUUGAGCUUGGCAGGGAAUUGGUCGCAAGGAACAUUGAUCUGGUCUAUGGAGGGGGCAGCAUAGGUCUAAUGGGUUUGGUUUCACAAGCCGUUCAUGAUGGUGGUCGGCAUGUUAUUGGAGUUAUUCCCAAGACGCUCAUGCCUCGAGAGUUAACUGGUGAAACAGUGGGGGAAUUAAAGACAGUUGCAGAUAUGCACCAAAGAAAGGCAGAGAUGGCUAGGCAUUCAGAUGCCUUUAUUGCCUUACCAGGUGGUUAUGGGACUCUGGAAGAACUACUUGAAGUGAUAACCUGGGCUCAACUUGGAAUUCAUGAUAAACCGGUGGGACUGCUGAAUGUUGAUGGAUACUAUAAUUCGCUGCUGUCAUUUAUUGACAAAGCAGUGGAAGAAGGAUUUAUUAGUCCCAGUGCUCGCCAAAUAAUUGUAUCUGCACCAACAGCAAAGGAAUUGGUGAAGAAAUUGGAGGAAUAUGUCCCCUGUCAUGAAGGAGUUGCUUCAAAGUCAAGCUGGGAGAUGGAGCAGCUUGGCUACUCUCAAAAAUUUGAUAUCUCGAGGUAAUCUGGGGCUUUACUACAUUGAAGAGGAGGUGGAAGGAUUUUGGAAUUGGAAGAAGCCAAUAUGAAGAAACUCAAUUUUCUGUCAUGGGGAGGGAAUUCUUUUUUCUUAUCUUGUAAAUUACUGCAAUUGACCACAAUAUGUGAAGCUUCUGUAUUCCCUUUUUUUGGAACAUUGAUUUCCUUCCAUGUAGUUAAGAUUAAGAGCUAGAGUCUUAUGAACU